UGAAGCGUUUAAAGCAUUCCAAAACAAGAAAGAUGUUCACAGCUUUAAAGUAUCACUCAACAGACUAUUUAUAUGAGAGCAUGGCAAGGCAGAAGUUUUCCAUUUGUAGAUUAUCACUUUGCUUUCCCCCCUGUUUACAACAACAUGAAAAGUGUCAUCUGACUGGACUCUUUGCUGAUUAUAAGUAUAGGAAGCCAUGGACUAGAGUUACAUCAACACAGAACACAAUUGCUAUAUCAGUGUUGGAUCAAUGGAAGAAAAGUUUAUCUGUGGAGGAUUUCCUGGAAAAGUCAGUAACCUUAACUUGCAAAGAUAUAUGACUCCUUUGAUAUCAUUCAGGUGCUUUGUGAAUCAUAAACUAAUGAGGAUAAUAGAAUAUAGAAACGUUUUCUAAUGGU